AUGCUCUAUUCACUAGUUUUUAGCGAUACAGAAGAUGUAGUUAGAGACGAAGACGGAAGUGAAAGAAAUCAUGAAUUCCAAAACGAGGCUUCCAGAGACUACGACUCAAAUUUAAUUCGUCCACCAAUUUCUACAGUAAAUGACUUGUUUACAAGCGCUGAAAUUUUGAAAAGAAAAAAAAUUAUGUCGCAUAGUAAUGAUUUCAAAGACGAAGCAAUGUACAUGUCGCCAUUAAAGACUGUUCGAAGUCCGACCACAGAUGAAGACACACCGCAGGAACUGUGGAGAGCUCAAGACAGCGACGAAAAAGAUGACCAAAGUUACUAUGAACGAGCGCAACUUUAUCGAGCUAUUGCUCGACGUCAACAGUGUGAAGAAGGAUCGGUUUGCUCUCAUUUAUUUUUGGUAUUUAGCACCGCCGAUUUUGACAAAAAUGAAUUUUUUGCAAAAAAGCCGACACUUAAACAAUCACCUGAACAGUUUACUAGCAAAGCAGAAGAAAAAGAUAAUGCUCGCAAUUUACCUGUGACUGACUAUAGAACAAAAAGUCCUUAUAUUCCUUUCAAACAUCUUAAAGAUAGGCGAGAUUUCCUUCCUGCGAAAGGUAACAAAAUUGGCAAAGAAAAGUUACAGAAAUCAACGAUAGUGGUAUCAAGUGAUUUAAGGAAAGACACGGAACUUAUGAAAAGUGCAGUAAAGGUAAAAGGAAAAAAUCCGACUGAGACGAUUACUGCAUCAAGGAUCACACUUGAUGUUAAUGUACCAAAAGUUACAGCUGCAUCCGUUGAACCUCAAAACUAUAAGGUAAACGUCGUAGCAUCUCCAGAAGAAUCACUACAGUCAUUGAAAUCUAUGCUUGCAACUUCUCUCCUGCGAAGAUACUUUAACCGCUUGGCUACUCAAAUAAAUUAUCCAUAUAACUAUAUACUUUACUAA